UAUAAAACUGUUCGAUAAUACUUCGCAUUUGCGGUUGUUACGUUAAAGUCAGCCGGAAUUUUUUUUCAAGAGGAGCAAACUUGUAAAAUAAUGAGUUUGCAGGCUGUAUGGAUUAUCCGAAUAUCAGAAACGAAGUCGAAAUAUGAAGAUAGUAUUUUAUUUUCAAGGUUUUACCAGACGUUUAUAAAGAAAAGUAAAGACAUUGAAGGGUCCCACUAUGUUCCCCUGCCAAGCAAUCCAGAACUAGCUAAGGCAGUUUUAUUUGAGUUGGGUCACACUGAUGGUUUAGAAAAAUUUCUGGUGGACAGAGAUACAUGCCAAAAGAUGGAACAGAAGCCUGUCUAUGAGAUAAACACAUCAAACGGCAAAUUAUGGCCCUUUGUUGUAGUGGAACAGGCUGGGCUGUUGUUUUGCUGUCUACCAUUUGUGCCACAAGGUUUAAACCCCCGACCACCUUUAAUUGACAUUCCUGGUGUUACAUUAGGGUUCACUUUGCUCUGUACAUUGACUGACUUCCUGCGGAACAAAUCUUCAGAUGAGAUUGAAGACAGAACUGGUGACCUGUACUUAUUCCUGAGCCAGGCUGCACCAUAUGGGUCUGUAUUGGACACGAUCGUAGAUUCAGUGCUAGCUAAAGUAAAUGGGAAGUUUUCAGUACCUCAGAAAACAGCAAAGCAACCAGCAUGGAGGUCAGUGUCCCACAAAGGCAAGAACCAGAUGUACCUGACCAUCACAGAGUAUGUCCGCUCAGUGCAGUAUGACAGGGAGAACAUAGAGGACGUAUGGGACGUGUACGGCACGGUGACCUGCAAGGCUGAGCUGGAGGGCACCCUGCGGACGGUCACCUUGACAAUAGCCCAGAGUGGGGAAGGGGAAGGAAUGCCUAUCAACAACCUAAUUAUACACCCAUGUGUGCAGAGCGCAGACGCUGACAUUCUGGUUGAAGGUCGAGACCGUGCCAUGCCCAGGAGACUUCGGUUCAGCCCACCCCUGGAGAUGUUCAUGUUAUGUCACUACAUGGUGAACAAACCCACCACCCCACCCAUCACUGGCUGCUUUGAGUUGUUUGUGGAGGAGGAGAGAGCCAAGGUCAAGGUCACACUUCAACUAAAUGAUAACAUCAAGAACAACUUUGAUGUCUGUGAGCUGCACAUUCCAUUUGCUAAAAGGGCUCCAAUAGUGAUCCAGGAGUUUUCAGCCAACCACGGUGCCCUGCUCGUAUCCUCAAGCAAGUCCACUUUAGUUUGGAACCUAGCUCCGCGGUUUCCGGCACGCCAGACGGAAGUCAACAUGUCAGCCAUAGUACAGUUGCGAGCCAGUCAGGGAGAGGGUUUGGGUACAAUUGAAGAGACUUUCUGUACAGGGCAAAAUGCCUACGCUCAACUGUUCUUCAAGAUACAGGAGUUCAGUCAGUCAGGCAGUUACAUUGACGCCAAGUCCAUCCAGGUGUCCCCCAGUCUCAAGUACAAGCUCACUUGUGGUAUGUUCCCAGUCUCAAGUACAAGCUCACUUGUGUUCGUGAGUAUGUUGCCUCCGAGUACAAGUUCUGGAAUGUUCACGGGGACAGCCUGGUGUCUGCCCUGCCUCGUUGCCUUUGUAACCAACAGCAGGUCCCAUUAUAAUGGCUGUGUAAUUACUCCAAUGUGGCCUUAAAAAACCUUUUCACUGAAAAUGAAUCAAUUCACGCUAACAAAGCAAGAGUAAUUAUGAAAGAAAACAAUGUUUCAUUUCUCAGGAUGAGCUUUUGUGAUCUUCUUUUGUACAUUGUUUGUGAUGCCUUGUCAACAUUUUCCUUGUGAGCACUCUUGAGGUCACAUUUAUUGCCCGUAUUUCAUUUAAUAUCUUUAGAACAAUAAACUGGGUGAGAUGUACAUAAGAAUCUUUUUCUGCACAGAUUUGUUUCAAGUGCUUGUGGUCUGGGCUUAAUCAAUGCGCAUUACUGUUGCCCUAUGUUGGAAUGAAAACAUACAUAUAAACAUAUGAUAACGUAUACUUGUUGCUAAUUGUUAAACAGCAAUUCUUUUAUUGAAUUUUGCAUUAGAAUACUUUAUCAGGACAUCUCAUAAUCUGCAUUGUUAUUAACAAAUGAAACCAUUUAUUUUACAAAUUGCUAAACAUAAUUAUGGUUAUAUAUUUCACACUUGUCUUUACAUCAUUCCACAUUACGACUAUGCAACCGGAAGGGAAUUGUGCAAUUGUUAUUUGUUACGAAAUGUCAAUAAAAUAUUUAUAUUUA